CGCGGCCGCCGUACCCGGAAAAGGAAAGGGAAGCGAAGGGGCGCGGCCGGCGCGGGCGGGCGGCGGCGGUGCGGCUCAGCCCGGCCCGGCAGCGGGAGAGGUUGUUUUCACCACUGAAAAGGAACAGCAAUGGAGAGUACGGUAUCAGUUAUUUUCCUUGUAUCAUUUUCCACCCUGCUGUGUGAAAGUUAUCACCGGGGAGUGGAGACAGCUACUGUUGUGCAUACGUCGGAGAGAGCGUUUCCAGAAAAGACAACGGGUGUUAAUACUGACUUAGCAGGACUAAUACAGAAGUUGCACCUUCAAGAACUUUUUAAUCGUUAUGGCGAAAACAACUCUCUGUCAAUUGACGGGUUUAGAAAACUGCUGCAGAACAUAGGCAUAGAUAAGAUGAAAAGGAUUAAAAUGAGCCACGAUCAUGAUCAUGACCACAAUCAUGACCACCAUGAUCACGAUCAUGAUCAUGACCGCAAUCAUGACCAUCACGACCAUGACCACGAUCAUCACUCUCAUCACAAUCAUGUUUCAUCGGGUAAAAGCUCUGAGAAGACCGCUUGUCCAAGCCACGAAUCCGAUGCUAGCAAAGACCGCAGGAGCAGCCACGCGAAGGAGCCUCAUAAAGGCGAGGGUGCGGAGCGGCAGCAGAACUUUGUGCGCAGCAAGAACGCGGUCCACGAGAUCACGGCGUCCGUCAUCGCCGGCGGCCGCGCCGAGCUGCAGAGCCUGCCGCCCGGAGACGGCAAGACCGUGCUUCGUGUGGGAGCGGCCGGCCCUGGGGCUGGGAAUGCCACCGGGGGCCGCAACGCCACCUGGCCUGGCGCCACAAAGGCAAACGAAUCUCGCGCUGCACCCAAGGAGCUGGAGAGAGGGAGCUACCUCUAUUCUAAACUGAAGAAACAAAACACUCAAGAGUGCUCCAAUGCAUCCAAACUGAUGCAGUCGCAUGGAAUAGGCACUCAAGUAUUGCUGACUGCUACAGAAUUCAGUUAUCUCUGCCCAGCUCUUAUUAAUCAGAUUGAUGGCAAAUACUGCAUAGUCCAUGCUGCUAGUGAAAAAGCUGAAACUCCUCCAAAAAGUUACUCUCUGCAAAUAGCUUGGAUUGGUGGCUUUAUAUCCAUCUCUGUCAUCAGCUUUCUUUCCUUGCUGGGUGUUAUAUUGGUACCACUGAUGAAUCGAGUAUUUUUCAAAUUUCUUCUGAGUUUUCUUGUGGCAUUGGCUGUGGGGACCUUGAGUGGAGAUGCCUUCUUACACCUCCUUCCCCAUUCUCAUGGAAACCAUCACCAUCACCACGAAAAGCCUCUGCUUGAUCAAAAAGGCUCCAUGUACAAACAUCUUGUUUUUCAAAGUACAGAGGAGAGUGCUUACCUGGAUUCUACAUGGAAAGGGCUUACAGCACUUGGAGGCUUGUACUUCAUGUUUCUAGUGGAGCAUUUGAUCACUUUAAUAAAGCAAUUUAAAGACAAGAAGAAAAAGAAAAAAAUUGAAGAUGAUGGAGAAAGUAAGAAGUUUUCAGCAAAUGAAGAGAAGCUGGAUGCGGAUGAUCGGCCUGAGGGCUAUCUCGGGACAGACUCUCAAGAUCCAUCAACCUUCAUUUCUCAGCAGCCAACUGUACAAGAGGAAGAAGAAGUGAUGAUAGCUCAUUCUCAUCCAGAGGAGGUUGACAAUGAAUAUGUGUCCAGGGGCUGUAGGAACAAAUGCCAUUCUCACUUGCACGAUACUCUGGGACAGACAGACCGUCUGAGUCACCACCACCACGACUACCAUCACAUUCUGCACCACCACCACCAUCAGAACCAUCAUCCCCACAGCCACAGCCAGCGCUACUCGCGCGAAGAGCUGAAGGACGCGGGGAUUGCAACUCUGGCCUGGAUGGUGAUCAUGGGAGAUGGACUGCACAAUUUCAGUGAUGGGCUGGCAAUUGGAGCUGCCUUUACUGAAGGGUUAUCUAGUGGUUUAAGCACUUCUGUGGCUGUAUUUUGCCAUGAAUUACCUCAUGAGCUAGGAGACUUUGCUGUCCUUCUAAAAGCUGGUAUGACUGUCAAGCAAGCUGUGCUUUAUAAUGCUCUGUCAGCUAUGCUGGCAUAUCUUGGUAUGGCAACUGGGAUCCUUAUUGGCCAUUAUGCAGACAAUGUUUCAAUGUGGAUAUUUGCACUUACUGCUGGCUUGUUCAUGUAUGUGGCUCUUGUGGAUAUGGUACCUGAAAUGCUCCACAACGAUGCCAGUGACCAUGGAUGUAGCCGCUGGGGAUACUUCCUGCUACAGAAUGCUGGGAUUCUCCUAGGUUUUGGGAUAAUGCUGCUCAUCUCAGUAUUUGAACAUAAGAUUGUAUUCAGCAUAAACUUGUAAUCCUGGUUGUCAGGAAGACAAUUUGGUGUUAAAUUAUAGGUGGUAGGGGUUUUUUUUCUACGAAUUUCCUUAUUGGAAAGGUACAUUUGAUAUAGACUAGAUAUUUUUAUUGGUGUGCUUUGUUGUUGUGUUAUUCCCUCCCUUCUUGCCUGAUAGAAAGGAACACUGUAAAGUUUGGGGUUUGUUGGGAGUUUGGGUUUUUUUGUUUGUUUGUAAUUGUGUUUUUUUACUCGGGAUUUAGCAUUGCUUAUGGUACUGUGGAGAGUGGUACUUAGUAAAACAUGGCCAAAUCUAUAUUAUUUGUAUUGUCUGUAUUGUUUGGGGGGGUUAGAUUGUUUUUUUACUGAAUUCAUUCACUGUAUGUAAUUAUAUGUAUUUUUUUACUUCAGUGGUUCUGUUGAUUUAAAGAAGUAAAACAACAGUGGUUUUUGUUUUAGCACAAUUAAAAUCAGUGGAUACAAAGCACAGUGAGCAAAGUAAAACAAGAACAAGACGUAAUGGUUAGCAUGUGUUUGUUGGUAAAAACUCAUCUCUUCUGCAUCCACCUGGUUUAUACAGAAAGGCAGAUAAGUCCAUUCCAUCCUUUGUGGUGGUGCUGGUUCUCUCAGUAGCUUGUGGAUUCCUGUGUCUUAUUCCAGUUGGUUUCUACUCCAAACGAAUAUAAAACCAUGUUCCAAGUGUUUACAUCAAAUGUUUAACUUCUUUCAUCCCUUCUGAUAUGAGUUGCUCUUCAUUGAUUUCUCAAAUCAGCUGCAAAAGUCCAGUUCUUAAAUUGCCAAAGCUUUAAGAUAUGUGAAUUCCAUCAAAAAGACUUUCAAAGCAGUGCUGUAUCCCACUUGCACUGCCUGAAGUGACAAAGGUGUGUUAAAGCCUGUCUGAUAUCAAGGGGGAGGAGUGCUACAGGCUGAGAGAAACAAUCAUUUCCUCCAACAGCUUCCUGAAGUGUUGGUUUACUUUGGGAAAAUGAGCUGAGUGGGAGAGCUGCCUACUUCUAGUUCAGAGUGAUUGCACACAAACCUGGGCUAUAUUUUUUGCAAGUGCUAAAGCUGAGAAAUCCAAAAUAACCAAAUUUCUUUGGUUCCAUAUCUAGAGAAGCAGUGUGUUAAGGAUAAUAAGUGUUUACUGAAGUAUGGAGUUUAGGCCUGCAGUGUUGGUGUGUUUAACACCCUGAAUGUCACUGAAGGAAGAAGGUUGAAAAAAACCAAUAGCAAAAUAAAUUCUGCAUUUGCAGGGAAGAUGAACAUGUCAAAGUUUAAUGAUGAAUAAGUAACAGAAUUAUGCUAUCUUACUAGCUAGGUUUAAAAAUCCCAGAAAUAAAACUAUUAGAACCUAUUUCUGAUCUACUGCUUCAAAUCAUCAGCUGAAUAAAAAGCUUGAACAAGAGAAAUGUUUGAAAAUACCAUGUAUGACAGGUUAAAACAGUUUUUUGGAAGCCAGGAACCAUUCUAUCACCUCAGAAACAGAUGUUUUCAAUUAAUUAAGAGGUGAAGGGUUUUUAGGAGUUGAGAAAUAGAUACCACAGGAGUUUUUGCAGCCAGUGUACUAUUAGCUCUUCCUCCUUCAGCCUUUCCUCAGGUUAGCAAGAUUGUUGUUUACUUUGCUGCUCACACUGAUGAAAUCCUGUUCUGGGCCUCCCUUGAAGCCAGGGGUUGAGAAAGGUGUACUUCCUUCAGCUCUCCUCAUGCAUCCCUGUGUCCUAGCAGGCUUUUUAGGGCUUGGGCACGGUGUUUACACCAUGGGUGUGGGGAAACUCCAUAAAUGCAGUGCACUUCACCCCAUGUGGCUUCCACAUUCUGCACCGCAAUCCUGGCUGCUACGGAAACCAGGCAUCUCUGUAGUCCUGGGGGAUUUCAUACUUGGAUGAGCUCAGUUUGCUUUGAAUUUUUCACUGCUGGUUUCUGUUAGCCUACAGCCAUAACAGCUGCCAGUUCAGCUGGGCUUCUCUUGUCUGGAUAUGACACAGGAAGCGGGCAGGUAGCCUACUGUUGCUCAAGAGAUUUUAAGAUCAAUGACUAAAUGAUGGAGAUAAAUCUACAAAUUUCAGUGUUUCCAGUGGGUUCUUGGCUGGCUUUUGAUGUACUCAACUGAAAUUAAAAUAUCCACAUAUCAAAACACAUUGCUAAUUUAAGAAGAAGAAAAAUUAGUGGCCUUUAGAGAAUGUGGACAGAAAUCUCUUUAUCCUGUACACAAGCAUAUUCCAUCCAUUCAGUGCUCUUCAAUCAUUGAUGGAGAAAUGUCCAUGACAGGCAGCUGUCCAAACUGAUAACUGAGAAAGCUACAGACUAAAACUUGCUGUAGUUUUGUAUCAGCAGGAUGACAAAAGGUUGGUUGUUCUUUUUGUUUGUUUUGAGUUGGUUUGUUUGCUUUGUUGUUGUUUCUCUUUGUCAUCCUUAUAAAGUAGAACCUGCAUCUGUUGCAAUGUACUCGUGUUAGAAAUACUCAUGGUUUGGUAAACUGGUGGGGCAGAGCCUCUAAGUAGCCCUUUAUUUUCAUGCAUAUAUUCUCUGCAGCAGUUUUUAAUGUGCCUGGCUACUUUGGAUAAUAAAUGCAAGUGUCUGCUUUGUGUAUCUGUCUGUAGCUUAAUAAUGGUACAGACCAUGAUUUUUAUGUUGUUACAGUUGCCUUUGGUGCCUGUGCUAGAUGCUGGUAAACAGAAUAGGCAAACAAUGCUGGAAUCAAUUUUGGUGGUGUUUUUUUUGUGGUUUUUUUUUUUUUUUUUUUUUUUUUUUUUCUUCCUGUAACAUAUUCUAAUCGUUUUGGCCUGUAUUUUUACGGAAGAGGUGGGCAGCAGCAGUCGGAACAAAGGUGUGGAGGUUCUCAAAUUCUCCCCUGCUGGACUGGGGAUCAGGUGCUGGUACGGUUUCUCUGCAUCCUUUGUGCCUAAAUGUGGUGCCACGUGUGUUGUGGGAAUGCAGGUCUUAUGUUUAUAUAAAACACAACCCAGGCUGAAACGGAAUUCAACGGCUGAAAUGAAAUUCACAGAGGCUCUCCUGCUGCCUGAACUGAGACACAGUUCAGAGCAAUUAAAAUCUCUGUGGGAAAACUGGGUCGUUCUGUUUUCCACGAGAAAAGAUGUUUUAUUGGAAUGUGUUUCUUUGGUUGGUUUGUUUUUCAGGGGUUUUUUGUUUUGUUUUGUUUUUUGUUUUUUUAAAGUACGUUUUUGGUGUGUGCAUAUAUGGUCACUGUAGCUGUUACUGUGUUGCUGUGUGCUAGAGAAAAUAAACCACUGAACCAAA